GUAUCAAACCUGCUCAAACAAUGGGCUGGUGGCUGGUUUCCAGAGUCAGUAUUUUCCAUCUGUGCUUGACCGGGAAUGGCAAUUUUACUGCUGCCGCUACAGCCGGAGAUGCCCGUAUUCAUGCUGGUUAACAACAGAAUAUCCAGGACACUAUGGAGAAGAUAUGGACAUGAUGAUGUACACUUAUGACCAUUACAUCCGUGGAGCAACCACAACUUUCUCUGCUGUGGACAGGGAUCGUCAAUGGAAAUUCAUUGUCUGCAGGAUGACAGAGUAUGACUGCCCAUUUCAAAAUGUUUAAAAAGAUUGAGUGUACCCCACUUGGAAAGCUUG